AGCGCUGUGGAAAACUCCCCUCCGCGCGCGAGGCUAAAUAAGCGCGGCUUGUCAUUCGGUGUAGCUGUCUCCCAGCUGAUAGGGUGACGUCGAGUUCGGAGGCUUGGAGAUUGGCUUUUUGAUUUGGCUCCUUACGGAGGCUUAAUGGGCAAAGCUCUAGGCUCGCCCAGAAACCAGCCGCUACGCUCGUCCCCUCUGCGCGCGGCGAGGCCCAGACGUCUCCAGUGGUGACAGCGGGCAAGGCUGAGCCGCGCGCUCCCAGCCCGGGAAAAGCCCGGGCGAUCCGGCAGCCAGCCCCCGCCGGGGUCCCUCGGAGCCGCCAGGGCGCGCCGCGCUGCUCUCCGUCCCACCCCUCCCGCAGGGAUCCCCAGGCGACGGCGGCCGGGCCUCGGCCACUCGGGCAGUCUCUGCUCCUUGGCUGGACGCCGCCGAGGGUCUGUACAACGCGCCCUGCGCCCUGGCCCCAGUGAUCGAGCUCCAGAUGCGCUGUCUGGUAGCCCCCUGACAGCUGCUAGCCCACGAGCUCCGGCCGGCAGCCGCGGCGAACUGUCAUGCCCUGGACGCCGCUGCAGCCCGCCCGCAGCCCGCGGGGGCGAUGAGCCGCUGCGGCCCGUGAGGAGCCGGGCGGCGCGGGCAUCGUGCACCUUCCUAGCCCGCCUCACUUGCCCAUCGAGCUCUGGAGGCUAAGGGGAAUCGGUCUCAGGCCUGUCGGGAGGACCGUUGGUGCUGUGGUGGAGCCAGAACCUAAGUCUUGUGUAUGGCGUGGUUACGGCUGCAGCCUCUCACCUCUGCCUUCCUCCAUUUUGGGCUGGUUACUUUUGUGCUCUUCCUGAAUGGUCUUCGAGCAGAGGCUGGUGACUUGGGGGGUGUGCCCAAUGUGGGGCGGAACAAUGAAUCCUGUUCAGGGUCAUCAGACUGCAAGGAGGGUGUCAUCUUGCCAAUCUGGUAUCCGGAGAACCCUUCCCUUGGGGACAAGAUUGCCAGGGUCAUUGUCUAUUUUGUGGCCCUGAUAUACAUGUUCCUUGGGGUGUCUAUCAUUGCUGACCGAUUCAUGGCAUCUAUUGAAGUUAUUACCUCCCAAGAGAGGGAAGUGACCAUCAAGAAGCCCAAUGGAGAGACCAGCACAACUACAAUUCGGGUAUGGAAUGAAACUGUCUCAAAUCUGACCCUGAUGGCCCUGGGCUCUUCUGCUCCAGAGAUUCUCCUAUCUUUAAUUGAGGUGUGUGGUCAUGGGUUCAUUGCUGGUGAUCUGGGACCAUCUACCAUCGUCGGCAGUGCGGCCUUCAACAUGUUCAUCAUCAUUGGUAUCUGUGUCUAUGUGAUACCAGAUGGGGAGACUCGAAAGAUCAAGCACCUGCGAGUCUUCUUCGUCACAGCUGCUUGGAGCAUCUUUGCCUAUAUUUGGCUCUAUAUGAUCCUGGCAGUCUUCUCUCCUGGUGUGGUCCAGGUUUGGGAAGGCCUCCUUACUCUCUUCUUCUUUCCAGUGUGUGUCCUGCUGGCUUGGGUGGCAGAUAAGCGACUGCUCUUCUACAAAUACAUGCACAAAAAAUACCGUACAGAUAAACACCGAGGAAUUAUCAUUGAGACAGAGGGUGACCACCCUAAGGGCAUUGAGAUGGAUGGGAAAAUGAUGAAUUCUCACUUCCUAGAUGGGAACCUUAUACCCUUAGAAGGAAAGGAGGUAGAUGAAUCUCGCAGGGAAAUGAUUCGGAUUCUUAAGGAUCUGAAACAAAAACACCCAGAAAAGGACUUAGAUCAGCUGGUAGAGAUGGCCAAUUACUAUGCUCUUUCCCACCAACAGAAGAGCCGUGCUUUUUACCGCAUCCAAGCCACCCGAAUGAUGACUGGUGCGGGCAAUAUACUUAAGAAACAUGCAGCGGAGCAAGCCAAGAAGACCUCCAGCAUGAGCGAGGUUCAUACUGAUGAGCCAGAGGACUUUGCCUCUAAGGUCUUCUUUGACCCAUGUUCUUAUCAGUGCCUGGAGAACUGUGGAGCUGUCCUCCUGACUGUGGUGAGGAAAGGGGGAGAUAUAUCCAAGACCAUGUACGUGGACUACAAAACAGAGGACGGUUCUGCCAAUGCAGGGGCGGACUAUGAGUUCACAGAGGGCACUGUGGUUCUGAAGCCAGGAGAGACUCAGAAGGAGUUCUCUGUGGGCAUCAUUGAUGAUGACAUUUUUGAGGAGGAUGAACACUUCUUUGUGAGGCUGAGCAAUGUCCGUGUAGAAGAGGAGCAGCUGGAGGAGGGGAUGCCUCCAGCAAUACUCAAUAGUCUUCCUUUGCCGCGGGCUGUCCUGGCUUCCCCUUGUGUGGCCACAGUAACCAUCUUGGAUGAUGACCAUGCAGGAAUUUUCACCUUUGAAUGUGAUUCCAUUCAUGUCAGUGAAAGUAUUGGUGUUAUGGAAGUCAAGGUUUUGAGGACAUCAGGUGCCAGGGGCACGGUCAUCGUCCCUUUUAGGACAGUAGAAGGGACAGCCAAGGGUGGUGGUGAGGACUUUGAAGAUACAUAUGGGGAACUGGAGUUCAAGAAUGAUGAAACAGUCAAAACAAUUCACAUCAAGGUAAUUGAUGAUAAGGCGUAUGAAAAAAACAAGAAUUACGUCAUUGAGAUGAUGGGCCCCCGCAUGGUGGAUAUGAGUGUUCAGAAAGCUCUCCUGUUAUCUCCAGAGGUAACAGACAGGAAGCUGACGGUGGAGGAAGAGGAGGCCAAGAGAAUAGCCGAGAUGGGAAAGCCAGUAUUGGGCGAACACCCUAAACUAGAGGUCAUCAUUGAAGAGUCCUAUGAGUUCAAGAGUACAGUGGAUAAACUGAUCAAGAAGACAAACCUGGCAUUGGUUGUGGGGACCCAUUCCUGGAGGGACCAGUUCAUGGAAGCCAUCACUGUUAGUGCAGCAGGGGAGGAGGACGACGAUGAAUCUGGAGAGGAGAGGCUGCCAUCCUGCUUUGACUAUGUCAUGCACUUCCUGACAGUCUUCUGGAAGGUGCUCUUUGCCUGUGUGCCCCCCACAGAGUACUGCCAUGGCUGGGCCUGCUUCGUGGUUUCCAUCCUCAUUAUUGGCAUGCUCACCGCCAUCAUCGGGGACCUGGCCUCUCACUUUGGCUGCACCAUCGGGCUCAAGGAUUCGGUCACGGCUGUUGUAUUUGUGGCAUUCGGCACCUCUGUGCCAGAUACAUUUGCCAGCAAAGCUGCUGCCCUGCAGGAUGUGUAUGCAGAUGCUUCCAUUGGCAAUGUCACCGGCAGUAAUGCUGUCAAUGUCUUCCUGGGUAUUGGUUUGGCCUGGUCCGUGGCCGCCAUCUACUGGGCCAUGCAGGGACAGGAGUUCCAUGUGUCCGCUGGCACUCUGGCCUUCUCGGUCACACUUUUCACCAUCUUUGCAUUUGUCUGCCUCAGUGUGCUCUUGUACCGUCGGCGGCCCCACCUGGGCGGAGAGCUCGGAGGUCCUCGUGGCUGCAAGCUUGCCACAACAUGGCUCUUUGUGAGCCUGUGGCUCCUCUACAUACUAUUUGCCACACUGGAAGCCUACUGCUACAUCAAGGGGUUCUGAGCCACCAGAACAAGACCUCCACAGGGCAGGCCUAGGACUUCUGAGAGAAGGGCACUUCCUCAUCAACCUUCCCAGGUUGAGCAUCCCUGGAGAAGCAUCAGGACCCGAGCCCUAGGAACUUCACCUGACCUAGGCCCUGGCACUGCACAGAAAGGGCAAAACUUAACCAACCCAAUGGAAUGGAGAAGACACCCACUGUCCAAAGUAUUUAAUUAAAAACAAACCAGCAACAGCAACAAGAGCAAAUCCACCCCUCCCCAUCCUGCCACUCACACCCCUGGGCCUCCCCUUCUAUCCCACCACCCGACUAUUCCUUUGACUCUACUUCCCCGAGGGGCAGGAUCUGCCCCGUCUCCAGCAAGAUGCAUCAAGACUUCCUCGCUCAGCUGUCAGGGUGUGAGAACGAGCCAUCUCGGCAAUGGCUGCCUUGAGGUGCUCUUUUCAUCUGGUCGUCAUUGUGGUCAUUUUCAUUCUCCUACCUGGUCCCACUGAUUGUCUUGUCUUCUCUUCCUGAAAUUAGUGACAAAGGACCCUGAAGGAAUUCCAAGUCUGAGUAACAGACACCCCCCUACUCUCAUCAGGCCACUGCGGUCCCUUGGCUCCAACUAAGGGUGUAGGAAGAGCUUCAUUCUGUAUGCAUUGACAUCAAACCCAAACCACAAGAGGAAUCACUCUCUUCUUGGUGGAAGCCAUUCUACAUCUCUGUGUUGCGUGUCAGCACCAGUGUGUGUGCCCUCCCACUGAGAGACUUCAGAGCAGAAAUAAGAGUGUUCCAGGCUGACCAAGGGCACCCGGGGAAACACGGGGAACACCUCUCCAAUGUUUCUGAGUUUGUGUCUGAGGUGGGAUAGAAGAGGGUCUUCAACUGGGGAGGUCUUUGAGGGAGCGGGUCAUAUUCAAAGUGUCAGUGUUUGGGGGCAUGGCAGCGUUACCAACCCUCCCUGGCUGAUGUGGCAUAGUCAGGGGGCUGAGGAGGUAGCCUGAAGUGAUGUGAGAAUGUGGAGGCUUGUAAGAGAACCGGGGCUUCCUUCCCCCUCUCCCUGCCUUCAGGCCACUUUUGAAAGCAUGUUCAUAAGACAGGAACUGGAAUCCUUCAUUUCCCCCAUGUUCCUGCUUGUUUCUAAGCCUCAUAAAACUCUCUCUUCCCAGACUGUGGGGUAUUUCUUAUACCCUGCCCCCAAGGGAUCCAAGUCAUCACAUCGCCCAAGAGUCCAGGCCUCUAGAAAAUAAGAGCUGACACGCUGACACCCCACUUCCCAGACCUUUCCUGAUGUGUUUUGAAAAGACCUAGCUUUAACACACACACACACACACACACACACACACACACACACACACACACACACACUACAAAACUGCCCACGGGUCUUGAGGCUUUCUGCAUUGACAUAAAUACAUUUUCUAAGAGAGGAAAAACAAAAUUAAAACAACACCUGUUUAAUUUUAAACAGAUUUUUUUAAAGAAAAUAAAAAAUAAAACAGUGCUUGUGUCCUAAGCUGUGUUGACAGUUGCCGGUGGAAAUGUUGGGUUGGUUAAAAAAAAAAAUAAAAAUAAAAAUAAAAGGUCUACUUAUAUGUCUCUACACACA